AUGGCCAAAGCCGCCGCUAAUCAACAGGUCAAAACGCUUGCCCUCGACUUCCAACGUGCCAACAUACCCGCGUCUACUCUUGCUUUCGAACCAGGCUUUAUAAAGACAAAGCUCACGGGUUGGCGCGGCCGGGUUGAUAUCGAGGAAUCAUGUAAAGGGAUGGUCGAUAUCAUUGAGAAAUUAACGCCGGAGAAGUCGGGCUCUUCUGUAGAUUGGAGUGGUGAGACUAUUCCCUGGUAG